AGAGAGGACAACAGUCCUGUUUACACAUUGUUAAUAACAGAGAGGACCUCAUGACCAGAGACACCAAAGAGGAGGGAGGAAGUGAAGGUUGAAGACAGAUGACCAUUCAGCAUUUGGACCAAGGAGCCAACGGAAAUAAAGAACGGACAUGGAAUACAUUAGGAAUUAUCCUGAAAUGUUUUGAGUGGACACUUGGACCGUCAUGUUGAAUAAUACUGGGGGUUGAUUGGGCAACUGGACACCAAAUCAGUUAUACAGGAGCUGAGAGAAAUGACAUCCUUCGAAGGGAACUUUGUCUGGAUUCUGUUAAUAACAUUAUGCUUCUUCAGCCAUUCUUCAGCUUCAUAUAACCCCUACAGAGCAGAACCAGCAACACCAAAGAAGCUUCUGUAUCUCCUAGAGCCACCUGUGCAGGUAGAGGUGGCGGGCCGAAGGGGAGAUAAUGUCACCUUGCCAUGCAUCCUCAGAACCAAACCUAACCACUACAAGAUUAAAUGGACAAAGCUGGAGUCUGAGCACAUGGGGCAACAAAAUGUCAUAAUGAUAUCAAAUGCAAAUGCUUUCAAGCCAUAUGGCCAUGUUGGACAGCGGGCUUCUCUCCAGAGGGCUCACACCAUGGACGCUUCCCUGCUGCUCAGCAAUGUUGAACUGGGAGAUGAUGGCAGGUAUCGGUGUGAGCUGAUAAAUGGCAUUGAGGAUGAGAACAUUGUCAUUACUUUGAGGAUUGAAGGUGUGGUAUUUCCAUAUCAAAGUAAGCGUGGACGUUACAAAUUCAACUUCCAUGAAGCCAAACAGGCUUGUGCUGAGCAAGAUGGCAUAUUAUCCACAUACAACCAGCUUUACAGAGCUUGGACUGAGGGGUUGGACUGGUGCAAUGCAGGUUGGAUUUAUGAUGGAACAGUUCAUUAUCCAGUCGUUCAUCCCCGACCUGUCUGUGGAGGAGAGUUGCCAGCAGGCAUUCGCAGUUAUGGGCCAAAAGAUAAGAACCAUGAUCGGUUUGAUGCUUUCUGCUUCACAUCCCAGAUAUCUGGCUCUGUGUUCUACAUAUUUGGAUCCUUCUCCUAUGAUCAGGCAGUACACGCCUGCAAACAUCAGGGAUCAGAGCUGGCUUUGGUUGGCCAGCUUUAUGCUGCCUGGCGUUUCCAAAAAUAUGACCAUUGUAAUGGUGGCUGGCUAAAAGACGGCAGCGUACGAUUUCCCAUCAUCAACCCCAGGAAACACUGUGGAGGCAUCCCAGAGGCAGGGGUCCGCUCCUUUGGAUUCCCCAGCAAAACAGCUCACCUUUAUGGAGCAUAUUGCUAUAGAUAACUCAUGUUUUAAAAAGAAAAGACAUCAGUGUCAGAAGAACUUGGCAUCCAAGUCUGAAAAUGGUGGCAACAACAGAGUUAAUUGUAAAGAUGACAUAAGGUGCUGGGCUCAAUGGUGUAAUUAGCAAAUUAGAAGGAAAUGAAACAUUUAACUGUACAGAUGAACAAUCAAUUUAGCAUAUAA